GUCUACCCGAACGAGACUCAAUUUAUUUUGGUUGCAAUGCAUGUGGUGAAGAACCAAAAGCUUUUGUUUAUGAAUGCCUCGAGUGCAACUUUAGCCUCCAUACUAAUUGUGCUAUCUCUUGGGCUGAAACUGUGACUCGUGAAGAUCACCAGCACUCUCUUACUCUCCAAUAUCAAUGGCCAUUUCCCAUUGACGAUUAUGUGCAUCUCUUUUGCAAGGUUUGCGAUGGACUUUGCAAUGAUAGCAAUUGGCUCUAUUAUUGUGCCGAUUGUAAAUUUAGCACUCACUUGAAAUGCGCGACUCUUAAAAGAGAAGAUGGUUCGAGCCUUGAGAACGAAGAAGAAGAAGAGGAAGAGAAUAUGACUAAUGAGCAGAGAUUGAUGAUGGCAACAAUCAAAGCUCAAGGACAACAGGCAAGGCUUAACUUUCAAGCUCAAAUGGCUUAUAUGAACGCCCAAACUAUAACCAAUAUGUGGCGUAGCUCUCAUCGUUAUUAAUGGUUCACUAGAGACGUAUUUUAGUGACCGAAAAUAAUCGGUAGCUAAUUUCGACGAAAUAGCAACGGAUUUAUGCUCAUAGGUCACAAACUUAAAUAAAAGCUCUUUUCUUACUAGAGAUGAGAGUCUCUGUGAUUUAUUACCUUAAACUUACAAGCUGGUUGAUUGUUUUGGGAGGUGUUCCUCCCUCAAUGUGUUAUAUAUGUUUCUUUGAAAACUCCGUGCUGUUGUUUUCAUUGGUUUUUCAUUUGGUUUUUAUAUUUUAAUUUUCACAAUAAAAGAGUAAAU